AUGACAUUAGAGAUUUUAUCGCCAGAAGGAUUUCGCAUAGAUGGUCGGCGAUGGAAUGAAUUAAGACGGUUUGUAGCUAAAGUUGGCUUUAAUACUUCUGCAGACGGUAGUUCCUAUCUUGAACAAGGAAACACUAGAGUUAUUUGUACGGUUCAUGGUCCAAUUGAACCAAUAAUAAGAGGAAAAGCAUUUCUUGAUCGUGAACAUAUUACGGUAGAUAUUAGUAUUGCAGCAUUCAGUACUGUUGAAAGGAAAAAAAGAACAAAAUUAGAUAAACAAAUUCAAGAACAUGUUUCUUGUAUACAAAAAGUAUUUGAAAAAACUAUUCAAACUGGUCUUCAUCCUCGAAGUGAAAUCAAUAUAUAUAUUCAAGUUUUAACACAAGAUGGGGGAAUAUUACAGACCUGCAUCAAUGCUGUUUCAUUGGCUUUAAUCAAUGCUAGUAUUCCUAUGUAUAAUUAUGUUUCUGCAAGUACUGUUGGAUGUACUGAUACAGAACCCCUUUUAGAUCUUAAUAAUAUAGAAGAAAACAGUAUUUCGUGGUGUACAGUUGCUGUUCUUGGUGCUUCAGAUAAUAUUAUUUUUUUACAGACAGAAACACGCAUUCAUAUAGAAAAGUUUGAGCAUCUAAUCUCUUUAGCUUUAUCUGGAUGUCAAAAGAUUUAUAAAUUAAUGGACAAUAUUAUUCGAAACUCAGAUGUUGUUAUAAACCAUUCUUAA